AUAUCCCCAUUCAUCCAAUAUAUAUAGCCAGUUAAUACUACAAGUUUUCUGCUAGCUCAUUCCUUCAUAUCCCUUUCCUCUGAAUAUUUCUGGUAUUGAUCCAACCAUGGGAGCAGAACCCCAAGAAACUCCUAUUGAUAUGAACGAAGUGAAACAAAGCUUGUUAGAGACAGAACCAUCAACCCUGGUGACCGAGUCAAUAUCUCUGCCGAGUCUGGAUGAAGUGGAGGAGAUCAUAGACUACAAAUUCAAGAACAAGGAUCUGCUGGAAGAGGCCUUCACGCAUUCAUCUUUUAUGUGCAGCUUUUCCUAUGAGCGUUUGGAGUACGUCGGCGACGCCGUGCUGAAUCUGUUGUUUAGCCGGGAGCAUUACUUUUUGUACCCGGAUAUGGCUCCUGGAAAGCUGACCCGUCUUAGGGCCGCCAAUGUUGACACCGAGAAGCUGGCACGCGUGGCGCUCCGACACGGCUUCCACCGCUACCUCCGCCACAAGAAACGUUUGCUUGAAGAUCAAAUCCAAGAGUUUGCGCGAGCAAUUGUUGAUUAUGAUUUGCACUCCAAUGGUCUCAUUGAUGCUCCUAAAGAUCUUGCUGAUCUCGUCGAAUCCAUAAUCGGAGCAGUUUUCAUGGACUGCAACUCAAUAGACAUUGUGUGGAAGGUGUUCAAGGGGUUGCUGGAGCCGAUAAUAACUCCGGAGACUAUACAGAUACAUUUUAACACCCAGCUCCAUGAGAUGUGUCAAAAGAACAAUCGAACUCUCAAAUAUGUAGACUCAUGGGAGGAAAACAAAAUUGUUGAUUGUUUCAUCGACGGCGAGUUUGUUGGAAGAGGUACCUACAAUCUUCGAAAGGAAGUUGCGCAGAACCGAGCAGCAAAGGAUGCAUUGGACAACAAGCAGAAGUGGAUGGUUUUACGCGAGAAAGAGACCGCUGAUGAGCAAGAAGAAGAAAGUCCUACCAGUCAGUUAUCCGAGGAGGAAUCCGAAGUGAAUAAACAACCAUGAUCAGUAAUGCAAGUCCCUUGUAUGCUAGGCAUUUUCCAUAGAUGAACUAGUUCAGUUUUAGUUUGUGUCUUGGUCAUGUUGUGAAUUGUAGAACAAAUGAAGACUAAUCUGAUGUCCCCUAUGUUGUACGACUAGCCAGUACCUAAAUUAUCCAAGCAACAUUAGCUUUCUAUCUCUUUCCUUGCAAGACUUCAAUUUGCUAGUGUAAGACUUCAGUGUCAAAUGAAUAAUAGAGUAAUCUCUGAGUUCUUAGAUCAAUUUGCUGGUGUUGAUCAUAGACGAAUAGAUAUCGUCAUUUUAACUGAACAAACAAAUCCAGAGCUGUACACUGUUCAAUUGGGGCAGACUCUUCAUCAGAGCUAGUUCCAAAUUCUUGUCACACUGCCAAAGAAGCUUGAUACAAGUCUUGUCACUUGAAGACAUAUUACUGUGUUUGUUGAUUUGUUUUUUUUUGUUUGUUUUUUUUAUCAAGUAAACAAUUCAAGUGCUAUAACUAGUUUUUGGUGAGUAAAACUCACAACAUCUCACUUAUAAAGAG